AUGCUUGCCAGCACUUUGGCAGUCGCCGAAGGGAACUGGACUGAACUCCCCAAGGCCAAGUUCAAGACGUAUGCCCAGGGCAAACUCAACAAUGGUGCAGACACCAUGGAUCCGCGUCCAGCCACGCUUGCGGAGGCCAGCAUGAUCUGCUCCAACGACGAAGCAUGUGCUGGCUUCACGUACCAGUCUGAGACAAAGAGGCCGAGACAUCGUGUCUUGGUCUGGUUUAAAUCUGUGUUCAAGCAUCAGGGCUCUCACGGAAAUCUCCAGGGCUGGCAUUCGUGGAAAUUUGAUUCUCAGGGCGCCGACAACGAGUGCCGGAACGAGUGCAGGCAGCAAGUUGGCGACGGGCAGGAGCUGGACCCGUGGUGCGUCCUGGAGCUGGACGUCGCCGACUCCAACGACAAAAUCAAGAAGAAGUACAAGGAGCUCGCCAGGAAGUACCAUCCAGACAAGCACAAGGGCAGCGUGUCGGCCACCGCCAAGUUCAGAGACAUCCAGGACGCUUGGGAGACCCUCAGGGAGCCCAACUCCCAGAAGAGGCGCAUGGCCUGGCAGCGGCGCCAGCACCGGCGGACGCAGAAGUUCCCAUACGACAAGAACCCGAAUGUGACCCGGCUGACCAAGAGCACGAUCAGCGCACUCGUACUUGCAAAGGGGGGCCGCGACCCGUGGUUCAUCCACAUGUUCAACCAGUACGACGACGGCUCCAUGCACUUCGGCGCCGUCGACUGCUACGACUGGAAGCCCACCCGGGGAGCCGAGAAGAUGCCCCGCACCCUUGGCGGGGGGCGCGGCCAGAGGGGGAACUCAGACAUAUUCCUCGUGGUGCCGUCGGACGGCAUCUCAGUGAAGUACGAGGAGAGCCUGACAGCGGAUGCGCUGGUGAAGUUCGCCCAGACCUGGACCCAGGAGCCCCACGACGUGCAAGUCGUGGUUGGCGGUAGAUCUGGACUGCCUGUUGAGAGUUCCCCUCAGCUGUGGCUGGUCACCACCUCCAAGGCGAAGGGCCACUCCUGCGAGAGCUGCCCAAUGGCGGCGGCUCUGUUCAAGCGGUCGAGCGUCGUGAGGGGGUUCCAGAACGUCGGCAUCUUGGACUGCAGCAGGGACGACAUCGUCGGCGACUCGCUGCGCCCCCCUGCGCUGGCCUGCAGCUUCGGGAGGCCGAACCUGCUGCUGGUCAGCGACCUGCAGGGGGAGUCGUGCGGCUACUGCUACCACGAGCACAAGCAGGUCGGGUGCGUAUACAACGAGCAACACCGCGGGUGCGCCACCGAGGACGGGAAAUACUACUGCCGAAACGUCGAUGGCGACUCUCCUGUCCAGUCCUGCCUCCAGAGGAGCGCCUUCGAGCCACUCAUGCCAUCGAAUUGGAAGUUCAGCCUGCGGGAGUUCACGCUGGCCCUGCACGUGGCGGAGCGCACUGCGGUUGCAGUGGGAGACUCGUCGAGCUCGUGCUCGGCGGCGGCCAGUCCAGGAUGA